AUGCUUGAUGGCUUCGCAAAACAUCCCGAAAACUACGUGGGCCUUACCACCAAGUCCAACUACCGGGAUUUCCAGGCCUACUUUUGGAACCUCGGGAUGCAUCAUUGCCCGCGCCCUUGCAUGGAACGAGAGGAGGUGGUUCGCCACGCGAUUGUGGAGAUGCAGGAAGCCACUGUGAGAAGGGCCGGCGAGGAGAUUCUUUCAGAAGUUGACUUCGAAGUUCCCGCUGGUGCACGUGCUGUGGUAGUUGGGCCAAAUGGAUGUGGGAAGACAACUUUGUUAACCACCAUUGCCACGCGAGACAGUGUCGAAGGCGGCUUUUUGAAUGUGAAUGCUGCAUCCAUUGCUUGGCUUCAACAAGAAGCUAUAAGUGGAUCCAAGAAGACCGUGUUUGAUGAAGCAACAUCGCAGAUGAAGGCAUGUGCCACCAUACAGGCCCUUGAAAAUGCACAGGCUGCGCUAGAGGCAGCAAACGAUAGUGAGGAUAUCAUGAAGCUCGUUGAGGCUUUGGAACAGGCCACUGCCGAGUUCGAGGCCGCUGGCGGAGCUGAGAUCAGACGCAAGGUGGAGGAAGUUCUCGCAGGCUUGGGCUUCUCCAAGGCAGAUGCUGGCCUGGAUGGUGCGGCAAGCUUGGGGUGUGUGCAUGUAUUUGCUUAUCGUCGUGCGCUGUUGAUUGAUUGUGACAACAAUGAUGGUGUCAAAUUGGCAAGACAUUUCUUUUGUGUGUGGAAGAAGGUUAUUCUGUGCUUUUUGCCUUCACCGACCAAGGAUUUCAGGAAACCCUGCUCAGAGCUGAGCGGAGGUUGGCAGAUGCGUGUUGCCCUGGCCAAAGUAUUGCUGCAGGAACCCCAGCUGCUCCUCUUGGAUGAGCCAACAAAUCAUAUGGAUACCUCUGCUAAAAAGUGGCUUACCUCUUACUUGGCCAGAGGUCUGUCAUCUUCAAGCACCUUGCUCCUGGUCACGCAUGACCGAACGCUUCUCGAAGGGCUUAGAUGCUCACAGGUCUUCGAGAUCUCGGAGAAGAGAGUUUUGCGCUACGACGUUUCGGGCAUUUCUGAGUGGGAGAACAAAAGGAAGACAAGAUUGGCCAAAUUGCAGAGGGAGAUGGAAAAACUUGAAAACACUAUGGCUCAUGAUGAGGCAUAUGUCAAAAGGUUUGGCGCAAAAUCCAGCCAUGCUAAGCAGGCACAAUCUCGCAUGAAGAAGCUUGCUAAAGCCCAGACACAAUUAGAAGGUCUCCGAGCAGAAACACGAGGCUUGCCUUCAAGUGCCAUUUUAGAUGGAAAGAAGAAGGAGGAAGGUGAUGAAGAUGAUCUGACUGAUGGCUUGCUGCCUUUGUCUGGUCCUGGGAAGGUGAAGUUCCAGCUACCGGAGUGGCCUUUGAGUGUCUCACCACCGCUGGAUGGGAAGCUUCUCCGGCUCAAAGACGCUGACAUUGGCUACAAAGCUGCUGAGCCUGUCCUCAGGGUGGAGGAACUGGUCCUUGCAGCGGGGCAGCGGUGUGCUUUGUUGGGACCAAAUGGAUGUGGAAAGACCACUUUGCUCCGGACUUUGGCAGGGCAAUUGGAGGUGCGCGCCGGUGCGCGGAUCCUGGGAGUUGGAGGCCUGCGCAAAGCGAGGGUGGCAUUUUUCACCCAAGACUUGGCUCAGGACCUUCCGAGUGACAUCACCCCAAUAGACCACGUGCUGGCUGAUGAUGCGCCUUACACACUAGAUGUCCAAGGGGCACGAACUGCGUUGGGUGCCCUCGGGCUCCGGGGUGCCUGCCACAAGGCCCAGAUUGGUACACUUAGUGGUGGAGAGAAAGCCCGAGUGGCACUUGCAGUCUUUGCCACCCGACCUGCAGACAUCCUUUUGCUGGAUGAGCCCACCAACCACCUAGAUGGUGCUGCUGUGGCGUCAUUAUGUGCUGGCUUGCGUGAACACAAAGGAGUGGUUUUAGUGGCAUCGCAUGACAAAGCUUUUUUGGAAGCCUUGCAAGUGACUGACCAGAUCUUGGUCACCCGGGGCUCUUUGGGAGAGCCAGGGCGGCUGACUGUCAAAAGUGAGCCCUACAAGCGUGAGAUCCUGGGCGACAAGUCCAAAGUCGAAGAUUUUGUAAGUUCCGCAGCUCAUAAGAUAGAGGAAGCGGAGGACAUGGAGGAACUGUCUCCGGAGUCAGGCCGCGCUCAGAAAUUGAAAAAGAAGAAAGCCCUUCGACAAAAGAUCGAAUCUGUCAUGGAUCGAAUUGAGCAGGCCGAGAAGAAGUGGGAGAAGGCCUCUAGUAAGAUGAGUGAGGAAUACAAUGAGGAGACACUGAAAGCUUUUGAAGAUGCCAACUAUACGGUCGACACUGAGCUGCUAAGGCUGCUAAGGUCAUGCCACAACGCAAUGGUUGAAGGAAUCCAAGAGGCCAACCCUUACGACGCUUUGUUUCAGGAGUUGUUGUAUGAAUGCUCGAUCGAGGAAAAUCUCUACAAGAAAAUGCAACAGUUGGAGGACCAGCUCGCAUCCGCAUGA